AUGACAGAGAAAGAUACAGAAAGACAAAAGAGUGAGGCACACUUUGAGGACCCAAAGAACACCUACAACGUUGAUGGGAGAGAGUGUAACUAUUGCCCUGCAGGUAAGUAUCAGACUGAUUGUACAACAUGUGAACACUGUCCUGCUGGAAGCUACACAACUGACUGGAACUAUGAAGAUGAAUGCCAUCGCUGCUUUGGAGACUGCAACCCUAAGUUUCAGCUUAAAGUGGUUCAGAACUGCACCAGUACGUCUGAUAUGAAAUGUGACUGCGAGGAUGGUUUUACAUGCAGCAGGUGGGCCCGAGAGGGAAACUGCUUGUAUUGUCAGAAGAUGCCAGACCCAACCCCAACCAGUAAGUAUCAGACUGAUUGUACAACAUGUGAACACUGUCCUGCUGGAAGCUACACAACUGACUGGAACUAUGAAGAUGAAUGCCAUCGCUGCUUUGGAGACUGCAACCCUAAGUUUCAUCUUAAAGUGGUUCAGAACUGCACCAGUACGUCUGAUAUGAAAUGUGACUGCGAGGAUGGUUUUACAUGCAGCAGGAGGACCCAUGACAAAAAGAACUGCUUGUCUUGUGAGAAGAUGCCAGACCCAACCCCAACCAAAGCAGCAGCUACAGAGAUCUCAGUCAGAGAUAAACACACGCCUUUCUCAGUUUCCUCCGGACAUACCAGCACUUCUCCCAGACCCUGCCAACCUCCAGGGUGUCACCCAACGAAAGAGCCGAUUCCCACGCCAGGUCAUGCCAACCGUUACCUGGCAGCUAUUUUCAUUCCAGUGGGUGUCCUUGCAACUUUGGCCCUUCUCACCUUGUUCUGUGUCUGUCGUCCAAGAGAUGAGACAUAUAUAAGGCAAACUAUUGCAAAGCUCUGGAAUGAGGUACAAGUCUAA